AUGGUAAGAGCAGAUGACAAACGUAAACCUUGGGUCGCCGAUCAUUCCCUUGGUCCACUCGAAACCUUAGUAUUAGUGCAUUAACCCUGCCAACGCCAGACUCUCGGCCGGUCUCGAAGAUUCCAGCCAACCCCGGAUGAUGGCGCUCCUCGGAGUGGCUCUGUUCAAGUGAGAAACAAAUCAAGCCUCUAAUCUUGGCUUUUGAAGGUAGCUAAGCAACAUAUGUACCUAGUCCCGUCCCUAGCUGUGGUUCUGUCACUCUCCAAUCUAUCGACUUAAUACCUAAUAUCAACUCGGAUCACUACCGUCUCUUGUAUAAGCAUGCCCAGAAAGCCACCAUUCAGCGUCGACGUCUCUAUUCCAAGUACUUUCUACACUCCUGCUGCAAUUCGCGACGAGUAUUAUACCCCCUACAGUCCCACUACGGAUACUUCCCACUUUUUACAGAAUGAUCUCUCUGUCGAAUGUCUUAACCGUAUUCACAAAUACCUGUGGUUGGCUGGCCGACCUAUGCCACCCAGACCUUUGAACUAUCAAACCGCAACCUCUCGGCAAAUUGUGCCAGAUGAGAGGAUUGACAUGCACAUGGUCUGGGAACCUUCACGGCGUAUCCAUCUGAAGCCGCUCCCGCGAUACCUCCUAAGCCAUCAAUUUUGGAAAUCUUACCUGAUCUGCAAAGAACCUUGUCCCUGCAUGUCCAACUACAUUUACUGUCAGGCAGAAAGGGGGGACGGGGUUUGUCAGCAAAGACAUCUAUACGAAUGUGGCCUAGGACUUUUAUAUUCUUAUAUUGCUCUAAUUGAGCGAGAAAGUGAUUUUGCUAUCGCCCAGGACCAACGCCUAUUACCACUCAACGUGACGUGGGAAAUGUGGGUUAAAUUGGUCAAGGAGCUCUUGGAGAAUAGAGCUUUUAACCCUGGAAAUGUCAAUGCACGUUACUUGUUUGGCGAACUUAGGCUGUCACGACUCAACAAAAUUUACAUGUUUCGUCAUGGCAGUAUUCUACGAGGUUAUCACUUCACAUAUCAAACAUAUACUGAGUUGUUCUAUGAUUACCUAACACCCCUUACUGCAACGAUUGUUUAUGUCGCAUUAGUGUUGACGGCAAUGCAGGUUGGGCUGGCUACCAAGCUGGGGGGCAAUGUUGCAUUUCAAAAUGCUUCGUAUGGUUUUACCGUCUUUUCAAUCAUUGGCCCGCUCAUUAUACUUCUGCUAGUUGCAUUUCUUGGGUUCAUCCAAUUUAUCAAUAAUCUUCUGGCGACAUUGCAAUUCAAACGGGAGCGAUUCGCGCACUACAAGCUACUGAGCUCGCACAGUUGAUAACUUGAUUGUGUUCUCUCAUCGCCUAGAAAUCCGGGGCGACCCCUAAUGACUGUGAUGCAAGGUUACAAUAAUGGCAUAAGAAC